AUGACGGAGGACGAACACCACGAGGACAACGAGCUGCCACCAGCCGGCAACCCAGCCGAGGCCAGCAACAAGGAUGUGCCACCUGCCAUCGCCGCGUUUGUCGAGCGAUUCUACAAGCUCUCUGACACGCCCGGGAUCCACGAACAGUACGCCGACGAAUGCUUCAUCCACGACGAAGAGCGUCUGCGCUUCCAGAUUGGACCGAUGCAGCCGACCAACACGCGUGAUGGCAUCGUCGCCUGGCGUCAGAAAGGAUGGGAGGGUGUGACACGCCGCAAGCACGUCGUCAACGGCGUCUUUAUCAGCCCCAAGUGGGACAACGAGAUCAUGCUCGACGGCAGCGUCGAAAUGGACAAGAACGGAUCUACACUCAAGUUCAACUGGGCCGGCAGGAUGGAAUUCGACGCAAAGAGCCUCGAGCAAGGUGCUCCCAAGAUCGAGACGUACAAGGUCUGGCUACGAGGGAGAGCGCUGUCCGUCAUGUGCCUCGCGCUUCUGUCGACUUCGCCUCGAAUGGAUCCCCCGGACCAACUCCGAACGGCACUGAGAAGACCGAAAUGGCAAAAGCAGACGCAGAGCGAGGACCCUGAACGAGGCCCGAGCCCGAGAGAGAAGCUCACCUUUUGGUUUUCGGAAUUUCGGCUGGCGAACCCUUCGGGUGGAGUGGGCCUGUGCGUCCAGCUGAGCCUCGAGCAGGAGCGGCAACGGCAACGCCCCGCGGCCGGGCACCGGACAUGCCCCGCCAAGGUGCAGCAGCUUCUGGGCUGUUCCGCCUCGGCUAUCAAAAGCUCCACUUUUGCAUGCAUCCCUUGGCUGUUUGUGGGCCCCGGCAGCCCCAGCUUGAACAGCAGUGCGAGCGAGCGACGUGCGAGCGCGCACAAGAUACAGAACCUGUGGAAUCACCGUCGUCGGACGGCACGCGAGCUCAACGGACCUCGCCCGAAGAAGCAACUUGCCCGGUCCGCUUGCCCCACCCUGGCAGCGUUUGCCGUCUUUCCCGGGGUUGCGGCUGCUACGAUGUAUAACAUCACGUCCACCAUGUCUUUGAUCGCCCUCGAAGAAGCCUUCAACAUCCCCUCGCUGGCGGAGCAGUCGGCCUACCAGGCGCGCCUCUUUGUCGCCGACGGAAACGGCCAAGCGCAUGCAGACCGCCUCGUGGACAUCCACGGCGAGCGCCUCGCCAAGAUGGACAAGCACGGCGUUGCUCACACCAUCCUUUCGCUCACCGCCCCCGGCAUCCAGGACUUUGACGAGCCCAAGGCGGCCGCCGCUGCCGCCCGCGAGGUCAACGACUGGGUCCACCAGCAGGUGCAGAAGAACCCCAAGCGCUUCAGCGCCUUUGCCAGCUUGUCCAUGCACAACCCCAAGGACGCCAGCGACGAGCUCAGGCGCUGCGUCAAGGAGCUCGGCUUUGUCGGCGCGCUCGUCAACGACAACCAGCGUCUGCCCAACGACGAGGCGGCAUGGUACGACCUGCCCGAGUGGGACGACUUCUGGUCCACCGUGACCGAGCUCGACGUGCCCUUCUACCUCCAUCCCAUCGCACCCAAGGGCGAGAUCCACCGCCGCAUCUACAAGGACCGCGCCGCGCUCAUCGGGCCCGUCCUCUCCUUCGCCAACAACGUCUCGGCGCACCUCCUCGGCAUGAUCGUCAACGGCGUCUUUGACCGACACCCCAAGCUCAAGAUCAUCGUCGGCCACCUCGGAGAGCACAUCCCGUUCGACCUGUGGCGCAUCAACCACUGGCUCGAGGAUGUGCACAAGCCCCGUGGCGCCGUGUCCAUGAAGAAGACGAUCCGCGACUACUUCAACGAGAACAUCUGGGUCACCACAUCGGGCCACUUCUCCACGCUCACGCUCAAGUAUGUGCAGGACGAGAUUGGCGUCGACCGCAUCCUCUUCUCCAUCGACUACCCCUACGAGAAGUUCGAGGAUGCGUGCGAUUGGUUCAAGACGCUCGACGGCAAGUUCUCGGCAGAGGAUCUCGCCAAGAUCAGCCACGAAAACUCGCAAAAGCUCUUCCCCCACCUGCGUUCGUGA